GCGUUCCAAACCUUGAUCACUCUAUGCGUUCCAAGCCUCGUUCUGGUUGUUCCCGGAAGUUGUGUUUAGAACGCAUUGGUCCAUGCUGUACUGCUCGGGGUCACUACAGGGCUGGUUGUCACUGCACGAUCACAGUAGGUGAUGCUUGUCGCACAGAUCCCCUUUGUUAUUUGAGAUACAGAUUCCAUAGCCCAUAAUGGCUGUUGAGGAUCUUCAGACAAUUAUUCAGAAACUUCAAAAUCUAUCAGAAGAUGAUUUUAAAGAAGAAGAAAUUAAUGUUUUCCUGGUUACUUGUCAAAAGUGUUUGGAUGAGGAAAAAACAGAACUGAUGCUGGAAAUGAUCCAAGAUAUUAAAAAUCAGGCUAUCAUAAAGAGCAUGGGGUGGAAUCUUAUUGGUCCUAUUGCUAAACACCUUCAGUGCUACAUUAAUGACGUGGAUAAAAGGCGGAUCAGUUUAAAAAUGAUUGAGUGCUUGGUUCAGGUAUGUAGCGCAAAGGAAAUUUUAUUGGGUUUACUUGAACAGAUAGAUGAGACUGAAGGGGAGGACAUAUGUCAGGUCAUUUUGCUUCUUCUACAGCCUCUACAAACAGUGCUUCUUAAGCUGGGUAACAAAAAGGCUUAUUCGGUGGGACUGUCGCUAUCCACUCUGCUGUCACGGUUGUCUUCCUUACCGGUGCCUUACACUAAAGAGCAGAUCUUGGAGGACAAACACGCCCUGUGCCAGUGCUGUGGUGCCUUGCUGCAGUUUACUAAACCUUUUGUUGACAUUGUGUCACAAAGCAACGACUUGUCACAGGAGCCUGACAUUCAAGAGUUAAGAAAAGAACUGCUCACUUUUUGUUUUAGUUGUCUGAACUUCCCAUUGCUCAGUGCUCCAUUGAAUUUGUUACCUGAUGACGCUGAAGACCACGCAUUUCGCCUGUUUGCUAAAGAGAUAUUGAGAUAUUUUGUAUUAUUAGGGGAGCCUCUUUCUAAGGCCUUCUUGCAGCAAGGAUAUAAAAUUCCCAAAUCAGAGGAUGAAGAUUUGGGGUCUAAAGAAGUGAAGCGCUCAGACGUUUCUAUCCCCUGUCUAGCUUACCUCGUGUUUGUGCAGCACUUCGGAAUUGAUGAUUUUCCCUUUGUUUUUGGGCCAUCGUUCCUUGUGAAGACAAACAUGGAAAAUGUUGAUGUAUUGUUAAAAAGGACGGAUGAAUCCAUACUUUCCAAAGGGCUUGAGUUGUUGGAGAGCAGCUUAAUAAGGGUAGAAAAUGAAAGUCUUCAUCAUGAUCUGCUAGAAGUCAGAACGAUGCUCAGUGUGCUACAGGAUUUGGUGAAGGUGAUGACACUCUGUCCAAUUGAACAUCUGAGAAAGAAGAGUUUAACAAUGUUACAGCUACUUAUUGACAAGUUUAGCAUAGAAGGGAAAUAUCAGUUAUUCAGGUGUCUGCUAAUAACGAGUAAUCACGCUGGUGUGGAUGGAUAUAUCAUCCAGAACAUUAAGAAUCAAAUAGAUUUAGCACUGAAGGAGGAAUCCAGUAACAAAUGGUUUUUAGGACCUCGUUUGAUUCCACUUCUUCACAUGGUGUUCUCACUUCCUCAAGGGGCAGAAACGGAUCUACUUCAAAACUCUGACAAAAUAAUGGCUUCACUGAAUCUGCUGAGGUAUUUGAUUAUCAAAGACAAUGAUGCAGAGAAUAAAACUGGAGUUUGGACUGAACUUAGUAAAAUAGACCCUGAUUAUCUAAAGCCCUUACACACUGGACUCAAUAUGUCAAAAGCCCAUUAUGAAGCCGAGAUGAGGAACACAAGUGAGAAAAAGAAAGCACCCCAUUUAAAGAAUACAGUAUGUACUGUAACAGCUGGAGGACGUAAAUUACCAGAUAUGACACCUAACAUGCAGCUUCAGGUUCUACAGUCAGCACUUUUCACAUUCGAUUUAAUGGAAAGCGUUCUUGCCCGAGUAGAGGAACUCAUUGAAGUGAAAAUAAAAUCUGCAUCUGACGAGAAAAUUGGGUCAAGUAAAGAUGUUUAGCUUCAUAUUUAUAAUCUAGUCCUAAACAAUAAAUAAUUUAUAUAGUGUUAAAUUUCAAUUCAGUUAUUGUUACUGGGACUUGUGAAAAUACCUUUAUUUUACAUCAAUUGUGAGAUGUUAAAUAAACUGUUAGCUAUUUUUA